AUGACAGCGGCAACUGAAAGUAAACAGCUUGCAAAUAACUUAUUAAACAUAAUGCCUUCUCAAUCAAAUGAAGUUUUAUCAUUUCAAACUUAUCAUCCUGAUUCAAACUCUUCUUCUCAUCUAUCAUCAACUUGUUCCGAGGGUGGUGAUUCUUUAUUCCAAGAAGAAAAUGGAAAAUAUGAUCUUGACACUGUGUCUACUUUUGUUGCUAAAUUAUAUCAACUUCUUGAUGGUGAUGAAUAUAAAGAAUAUUUAACGUGGAAUGAUACUGGUGAUGUGUUUGUGAUUUGUAACAUGGAUGAAUUUGCUACUAAUGUCUUACCUAAAUAUUUUAAGCAUUGCAAAUUUACUUCGUUCGUCAGACAACUUAAUAUUUAUGGAUUUUAUCGAGUAUCAGAUGCUCGUAAAUCAAAACAUGUUCGUAGUAAGCAUGCAUGUGUAUUUUCACAUUCACAAUUUAGACGCGGUAGACAAGAUCUAUUACCAAAUAUAAAACGUAAAGUUGCAAAAACUGCAAGAAGAAAACCGCAUUACAUAGAUUUUUUAUCUAAUGCUACCGCUAAUAAUAAUUUAGAUAAAUCUGAUGUUGAUAUCAUGACGCGUAAAAGGCUCAGUGAUCUAACUAUCAUAACUGAAAAUCUGAGAAAAGAUUUAAAACAAAUGAAUAAUAUAGUGAAUGAUUUGCUACCUGAAGUUAGAAGUUUGACAGAAGGCCUACAAAAACAUCAAACUCAUCUAAUGGCUCUCACUCAACUAAUGACCGGUUCUUCUUAUCAUGAUGGUUCGUAUAUAUAG